AUGGAUGGCUAUGGAGUGUUUCAAAGAUAAGUUGUCAGAUGGUGUCCUUAUCGUUAUCGUUAUCAAGUGAUAAGUAAUAAAUGAUAAAGCAGUCAGUGAGUAGUGUUCCUUGGCUCGACACGCAUCAUGCCGCUUUGAACUAUGGAGUUGGACCUGUUGAUCGUGACGUCGGUGCUGGGCGGCGUGUCGCUGCUGCUGCUGGUGCUGGUGAUGGUGCUGUUCCUGCAGCUCAGCUCUCUGAAGAGGCAGUUGCGACAGACUCCGUCUAUAAGAGUGCAAAAACUCAGGAUGGACGACAAGAACCACGCGUUCCAGAACCCGACGAUAUCGCCUGACGAGGAGCUGUCCCGGCGAGGCUACUCCAUGUACGUGCCCGACGACGCAGAGAGGGGCGCCGAGAGGGGAACAGAACGGCAGACGGGUGGGCAGUUCGUAGAGGAACUCUCUCGGGAGCUGGACCACCGGCAGCAGCGGCAGUCCACCACGGCGCCGCCGUUCCUGCUGCAGAGCAUCCAGGAGAACAAGAGAAAGAGCCUUACCAACCCUGCGGCCAGGCAGAGCGAGACUAACCCGAACUUCAUAUACUAGAACAGCAGAAAACCAAGAUUCUGGUCCUUCCUUCCAUUUUUAAACCCGGAACGCAACCGAAGCAGAGCGAAACGAACCCUAACGUGCCUACCUUAUAUAGGUAAGGCAUUCUGUUUACUGAUUAAUUGGGUGUUCUUUUAAUUUAAAUCAGUGUCCGAAAUCAGUGCCGUUUUAGGCAACCAAAAAACCCAAAUAUAUAUAAUAGAUAUUGUUCAAUUGUAGUGCAUGAAAAGUACAUGGUGUGAACAUGGCCAUUGCAACAUUCCUCUGCCAUAAAAGCAUGCGUGUGGCAGAAAAAACAUUUUACAAAACCAACAAGAAUGUAAGAACAGUUCUUAUCUAAGCAGUUCCGCUGUUCUAGAUUGCAGAAUUUACAUAAUUCUGCAUGCAUGUGCCAAUAUAAACUCCAAUAUUUACAAAAUGCCUGUGAAACUUGUUUUAAACUGGUAUUGUCUGCUGUUUGAGCACACGAGGACGCAUCAGUGCGCUCAUGCACCACACAAUGCCGACUGUGAGUGAAAAUGCUUUUUAACCAGCUUUCGAAAGAAAACUACGGUUCAAAAAGAUAAUAAUUUAUUUUAAGGUUUACAAUUAAGUACGAUUAAAGCUACUCUACAUCUU